AUGAACAAUGAGACUGAAUUUCUUGAGCUGUGGAUCUCCCUGGAGGAGCACCAGGACGCCCUGGAGCUCAUAAUGAGCAAGUACAGGAAGCAGAUGCUGCAGCUGCUGCAGGGGAGGAAGCGGGAAGAGACGGAGCCGGUCUUGGAAGUUCAUCAGGAUAACUGUGUGGAAAUUGAAAGUCAAAUAAACAGAAUAUUUGAGAUGGGAGAAGUGAUGAGAAAAGCUGUUCAAGUUGAUGAUGAUCAGUUCUUUAAAGUUCAAGAGAAACUAGCUCAGUUGGAGCUUGAAAACAAAGAACUCCGUGAACUUUUGUCAAUCAGCAAAGAAUCUAUUGAGGUGGGAAAAGAAGAUCUGCCUGAUGGUGACGCUCAGGUCACAAAAUAA